CAGGGUUCCAUGGUUGCUAUGUUUGGUCUCCAGGUGCAUCAUUUAUGUGAGGCCGUCAUUUAAACAAAAACAAUAUCUCACACGGUCAAGAAAAUUGUUUCUCUCAAGUUCCACUCGACAAUUUCUUCCACAUUUCCCCUCCUACUGAGGACUUCUUCUAUCCUGACUAAAGCUAAAGCCUCACAGAGACUGACCAAAGCCACACACCAGACCUCCAGCAUGGAACAUAUGUUGCAAGACCCUAACUCCAGAAAAAGGAGAAUCUCUGCACGCCAGGCAGAGGGUGUGAGGAAGCCUGCAGCCCAGUGUCCAUGCUGCAGGGACGACCAGGUGCCGCAUUUAAAGCGAAAGCGCCCGCACUCUGCUGCCCAAGGCGACCGUCCCCAGAAGAGGAAGCGGACUUCCGUGGCCCGCCCUCCCAAACCCUCUGCUUGGAAUCCAGCGUCGGAGGUGUCGAACUGGGGUCCUUCUCCCCAGCCUUCCACCCCAGCUGUUGACAUCGCAGGGUUAUUGGAUUUGGUCCCAACGCUUGAGGCCACCAUCUCGCCAGCUGACCUGCCGGUGGCGUCAACCGUGGCCCCCAGCCUCCAGCCCUCUGCUGCUCCGCUGCACUGCGACGAGCCUCUGAAGAUACACAACCGCUCUGUGGAAGAGUACCAGCAGAUCUACCAUGAGGUUGUAGAUGAUAUGCUGAGGUACAAGAGCGGCCAGCUGCGUCCGUACAGUCUAGAUCUGGGGCGUCGCAUCAAGCAGAGGCUGUGGGAGAGACUGGACUGUCCCACGUUCAGCGAGACGGUCGCUGAAGACGGCCGGGUGCAUGUGGACGUUUCCUACGGGGUCGGAGUCCACCCUCCUCUUUAUGAUGUGGACAUUUCAGGAGAACCCGAGCCCGAGACGCCCCCAAAGAAAAGAGUUAUUGUUAUAGUUCAAUGAGAUCAAAUCUGUACAUAAUGUUGGAGAUUCAGUUUAAAUAUCGUAGUUUUAAGGUUAAGUAAUGUAGUUUUAAGUUAAGUAUUGUAGUUUUAAGUUAAGUAUAGUAGUUGUAAGUUAAGUAUUGUAGUUGUAAGUUAAGUAUAGUAGUUGUAAGUUAAGUAUUGUAGUUGUAAGUUAAGUAUUGUAGUUGUAAGUUAAGUAUAGUAGUUGUAAGUUAAGUAUAGUAGUUGUAAGUUAAGUAUAGUAGUUGUAAGUUAAGU